AUGGUAGUUGAAAUGGUGACUCCCCUCUGGCGCCCGACCCUAGCCCCGGAGAAAGGUGAUGAGGGCUAUGAAAAGCCGCGGCGAGAAACCAAGAUUUUGGCAGAAGGGUGGCGGUUGACGGAUGCUCAUGCACCCUUUCAGGUGGAAACUGUGUGGGAGAAAAAUGUUCCUGUAACGAUGAGAGACGGCUGCCAAAUUUUUAUCGACAUUUUCCGACCGAAUAAGACCACUGGAGGCAAGGUCCCUGCAUUACUGGCCUGGAGUCCGUAUGGGAAAUCUGCAUGCCACACUGGAGGCUUCAACCCGCUGGAUAUGAUUCCGGGUCGCAUGGGUGUUCCUCGCAAUCGGUUGUCUGGAUUCGAGAAGUUCGAGGCUCCUGAUCCCGCCGAAUGGACCGCGAGAGGAUACGCCAUUAUUAACCCCGAUCCUCGGGGCACCUAUGAUUCUGAGGGUGAUAUUCACCACUUCGGCGAUGUUGAAGCCAAUGAUGGCUAUGAUACGAUCGAGUACCUGGCACGCUUGUCCUGGUGUAAUGGUAAGGUAGCGCUGGUCGGGAAUUCGUGGUUAGGCAUCGUGCAGUGGUUCAUUGCUGCUACACAGCCGCCCCAUCUCAGCUGCAUUGCUCCCCUUGAAGGCGCAGCAGAUCUGUAUCGUGAUAUUCUCUGUCGAGGUGGGAUACCACAGGUCCCAUUUUGGGACUUCCUGUCUGGGUUGCUGAGAGGCAGAAAUCAUCAGGAAGAUGUCAUUGGAAUGCUGGAGAGGUAUCCUCUGAUGAACGAGUACUGGGAGAAUAAAAGAGCGCAGAUGAGCAAGAUUACAGUUCCUGCUUACGUUCUUGCGAGCUAUUCGACCUUCCUGCAUACCUUUGGAUCAUUCCGCGGGUUCAUGGAAAUCAAACAUCCCAAGAAAUGGUUACGAGUGCAUCCGACCCAGGAGUGGCAUGAUCUCUAUCAAAAGUCAACAAAUGAUGAGCUGCAGAAGUUUUUUGACUUUUACACGAAAGACAUUAGCAAUGGAUGGGAGGAUACGCCCAAGGCAAGGGUGUCUCUACUGCGAUAUAACAAGGAACCUUUGACCAAUUUGCCAUUCCCUGACUGGCCCAUUCCGAGAACUCAGGCUCAGACCUUCUUCCUCCACAACGAUAAUGUCUUAUCUGAGGAGCCCGCCGCGUCUACUGCGACACUGUCGUACAUGUCCGAUGUCCCUUUUCGGCAGGAAGACGCAGACUCAGAGGAACUCUGCUUCGUGCAUACUUUCCUGAAACCAUGCGCGCUAAUAGGUUCCGCGCGGGCCCUUCUAUAUGUGUCAUGCGAACAGGGAACAGACAUGGAUGUCUUUGUGCAGAUUCGCAAGGCAGAUUCUACCGGCAAGGUUUUACAGAACAUCAAUAUCCCCGACGACGCCCGGAAGAUCUGCAAAAUGCCUGAGCCCGUCGACUUGGUUAAUCCACUAGUAUAUCUUGGUCCAACUGGCUGUCUACGGGCGAGUCACCGCGCCCUAGACCAGAGGCUAAGCCAUCAGUGGUGGCCGGAACAUGAUUACUCUUCCAAGAAGCCGAUUAUCCCGGGCGAAAUUGUCGAAUUAGAUAUCGGCCUCUGGCAGACGGGUAUUUACUUUGAAGCUGGUGAGAAGCUGAUCCUGAAGAUAGCAGGACACAACAUGACCCUGGCCGAGUUCCCCAACCUACGUGGAGGUAUGAGGAAUUUCAACCAAGGUAAACAUACGGUCCAUGUUGGAGGGUCUUAUGCAAGUCAAUUGACGAUUCCCACUGUUCCUGCAAUCUGAGAAAAUUGUUUUUCCAUGGCUAAAUGUGUUGGCACGAUCCGAAGCAUUCAUCUCGUGAGCAUGUCAUCGUACCACAUCCAACUACUUUGUACGACGUUGAUGUCUGCG